GGCUGCCGUAGUGAGCUGAUGUAAAGAGACGGAAAUCAUGGACGUUUUGGGAAAGUGAAGCGUGAUAUUCGUGCUACAUUCUAAAUGACAUACUACCACCAUUUAAGUGCACUAAAUAGGGUGGAGUUGAGUGGUAUGGCAGGAAGCUCCCUGGCAGAGAAACACUUCAGAUUUGUGGUGGUAGGUGGAGGAAUUUCAGGGGUCACCUGUGCAGAACAGCUGGCCUUCCAGUUUCCUAAGGAGGAGGUUGCUCUUCUGACUGCUGCUCCACUGGUGAAGACUGUGACUAAUUUAAGACAGGUGUCCAAGACUUUGGAGGAUUUUGAUGUGGAAGAACAGCCAUCCAGCAUCUUAGAGGAGAAGUAUCCUAACCUGAAGGUUAUUCACUCAGCAGUCAGAGUUCUCCAUGCAAAACAGCAUGUGCUGCAGACUGAGGACGGACAUAACGUCCAUUACGAGAAGCUGUGUGUGUGCACCGGGGCCAGACCUAAACUCGUCAUCGAGGAGAACCCUCAUGUGCUGGGUAUACGGGACACUGACAGUGCCCAGGAUUUUCAGAAGAAGCUUUCCAAAGCCAGGCGCAUGAUAGUCAUUGGGAAUGGGGGAAUUGCCUUGGAAUUGGUCUAUGAAGUGGAGGGCUGUGAGGUGAUCUGGGUGAUAAAGGACAAGGCCAUCGGGAAUACGUUCUUUGAUGCUGGAGCUGCUCAAUUCCUUAUCCCCUCACUGGAGGUGGAGAAGCCUGAGAAAUCGCUGCCCUGCAAGAGAACACACUACACCACUGACAGAGCCGCAAAACCUAAAGCAGGUUCAGCAGAUCUUGGUAGCGCCUUAGGUCCAGACUGGCACCAAGACAUCAGUCUCAGAGGAGCAGAGGAGGUGUCGCACAAUGUGCACGUAGAGUAUGAGUGUGAGAUGGAAGCAAUCCAUUCCCAGCAGGACUUCAUGCAAUCACCACUCUAUACACAGAAGACUGAUUUAGGGGUGUGGCCAGUUUACGCACAGUUAACCAAUGGGAAGGUGUAUGGAUGUGACUUUAUAGUCAGUGCUACAGGUGUGGUCCCAAAUAGUGAACCUUUUCUUCCGGGUAACAGCUUUGAGCUGGCAGAGGAUCGUGGCCUGAGGGUUGACGAGCACAUGCGGACAUCUGAGCCAGAUGUAUAUGCAGCUGGAGAUGUGUGCAGUGCAGGCUGGGAGCCUAGUCCACUUUGGCAGCAGAUGCGCUUGUGGACUCAGGCACGUCAAAUGGGCUUUUACGCCGCACGCUGCAUAGCAGCCCAUGUGCUGGAGGAGGCCAUCGAGCUGGACUUCUGCUUUGAGCUCUUUUCACACAUCACCAAGUUCUUCAACUACAAGGUGGUGCUGCUGGGCAAGUUUAAUGCUCAGGGCCUGGGGUCGGAUCAUGAACUGCUGGUGCGCUGCACCAAGGGCCUGGAGUACGUGAAGGUGGUGUUGAGCCGAGGACGCAUGGUGGGGGCCGUCCUUAUUGGAGACACUGAUCUGGAAGAGACCUUUGAGAACCUCAUCCUCAACCAGAUGGAUCUGUCCUCAUAUGGGGAGGAGUUGCUUAACCCUGACAUUGACAUUGAGGACUACUUUGACUGAAAUAAUACGUUGAGGAUCCUGAUUAGGAAUUGUGCAGGUGAUAGUAGUUAGUUUACUUCAUUGACCUGCAGCUCGUUUGGAUCCCACCCUGCUAUAACUUUGCACUGGAGCAGGGGUCCUCAGCUGGCAGACCGUGGUCCGGAUGUGGACACAAUAAAGUAUUUCACCUGACCAAAUAAAGCAAGCGAAAAUACAGUCACAGAGCCUAUCAGUGUAACCAAUGAAAAAAAAAUGGCCAUAGUUCAGCAAUUCGGCUGGCUAUAGUUAAGGUUUAUAAUCAUCAACCAGCUUGGCUUCUGUAGCAGAUCCUCUGUUGUGGCCAUAGGGAGCUAGAGUGGUCAGAAAGGGAAGUUUUAAUUAAAGUGUUUAAAGAUGAAUGGGCAGAGAUAUGUGCAAUAUUUUCCCACUACUUCAAGUUAAAACAUCUGUGACUCAGAGCAGAGGUGUGCACCAGGACAAAAAAAUGUCUUAUUUACUAAUCAUUAAUAUUUAAGCAUUAAAAAGUAAUUGUUGUUGCCAUUCAAUCAUGUUAGCUGCUUAUGGUUCUGCUUAGCUGCUUGGAUCUUUGGAAAAAAGAUUUAUAUAACUAGACCUUCACAAAUUUUAGUUGAUAACCCCUGCACUACACUGUGCAAUUAUCUAGACUAUUAAACUUACUUCUUUAUGAAAUCACUAGAUAAAGCUAAAUGACCAAAAUUUGUUCCUACCUUCUAUAUCCCAAAAUCAGCAGAUCAAUAAUGUUUCUCUGUCUUCCACAAUCAUUUUAUCACCCUAUUACCCACCAUACUCCAGCACGUACGCAGGAUAUAUCUGGUUAGAAUUAAAGACAACAAAAAUCCUAGGAUAUAAAGUAUUGUCAACACAGCUAUCAUGUAUAUUUUCAAUUUGGUCACCAUCAGGUUUGCAGAGAUUUUGUUGUCCAGUUGUGUACUUCCCAACAAUCACACGUGCAAGGAAUAUUAUUCGUGUGUUGUUUACUUCCUGGCUUUGAGCCUUGCUGUACUUGUCUGCAUGCGCUGCAUGUAAGGCAAAGUAUGUACCUAGAAGAGAAUGUGUAACUUUUGUAAUCAUAACUGAAUGUAGUAUGAGGACAACAAAAUAUUAAACCCAACUAACCUUUGCCGAGGA